AUGCGGAGACCUGCGGGCGGGGAAGAUCUUAUGACGGUCGUUCAGGGACUGAUUUCAGAGACGGCUGGCGGAUCGAGACAUUUAAGUAGUCCGAGCUCGUCGCCACAUUUUCACAAGCAUUGCAAAGCCGAGGCUGUCGAGCUAAAACAGAACAACUGA